GUGGCUUUCUGGGAAGAGGCGUGACACGCAGGAGGCCGCUGGAAGCUGUGUGUCACCUCAGUCAUGUCUCCCCUCGCCCCAAACUGUGGGGCCCUCAGGCCCCUGCUACUCCCCCUGCUCGUGCUGUUCCUAAGCCUCGGUCUGUCCCGGGGACUCUAUUUCCACAUCGGGGAGACGGAGAAACGAUGCUUCAUAGAGGAGAUCCCGGAUGAGACCAUGGUCAUAGGAAACUACAAGACUCAGCUGUGGGACAAACAGGCAGAGACUUUUCUGCCGUCUACUCCGGGUCUGGGCAUGCAUGUUGAGGCGAAAGACCCUGAUGGCAAGGUCAUCCUCUCCAGGCAGUACGGCUCAGAAGGCAGAUUCACCUUUACGUCUCACACCCCUGGAGAGCACCAGAUCUGCCUGCACUCCAACUCUACUAGGAUGUCUCUCUUUUCUGGAGGCAAGCUGAGAGUUCAUUUAGACAUCCAGAUUGGAGAACACACAAACAAUUACCCAGAGAUCGCAGCAAAGGACAAACUAACAGAACUACAGCUCCGAGUGCGACAACUCUUGGAUCAGGUGGAACAAAUCCAGAAGGAGCAGAACUAUCAGAGGUACCGCGAGGAGCGAUUCCGACUAACCAGCGACAGCACAAACCAGCGCGUCCUGUGGUGGUCUAUUGCUCAGACCCUCAUCCUUAUCCUCACCGGCAUCUGGCAAAUGAGACACCUUAAAUGCUUUUUCGAGGCCAAGAAACUAGUGUGAAGCGUCUACCUCCAUGCCCGAUCCUGCAUACUGUAUACCCCACGCAUAUGGACAAAAAAAAACAACCAUAUGGUCUUCUGUCCGUGUUCCCACCUGCCCACACGUAGAUAUUGCCUUUAUAGGUAUAUAGCCACAAUAUUUCUAAACUGUAUGGAGACCAGUGGGUUCAGAGAUGCCAUCACUCGGGUUCUUGUCAAGGGUCUGUCACUGUUGGCCAGAAACACAAUUUUUUUUUUUUUUGUGGGGGUGGGAAUCUUUUUAAUAAAUACACCUGAAAUAUUAUCUGUUCUUGCAGUAACAAAGGACUGGAGCCCUGAGAUGGUUGGGGUCCAAAUCUGGAAUGCAUUUGUUUUCAUGGCGGUACUUGCCCAACCCUCUAGACCUUUUGGGCUGUAAGAAUGGUGACAGAACUAUUAAUGGGGUUGGUCUAUCCACAGGUGGUAGAUACAGCGGUUCGACUACGGAGACCCCCAUUAACACAAGAUCAUAGUCCCCUGUGUAAAUGGUGGUGUCUAUGGGACUGAUGGAGAUAGCCAAGUGAUGGGCACUCCUCUAGACUCAUUCACACCUGGACCACCAUUCUAAUGAUCACUGGGGGUCCCAAUGGCCAAACCCGUGCUUUUAUCACCUCUUCUGUGGGUACAGUAGGCAAUAAAUCU